CAACCGCGGCGAUCUUUGCCGUAUGUUGUCAGAAACUGCUGUGAAACGCUUAGUAUAAACACUUAGGUAAGGGUGACAGUUAAGAGGUUUCUUGCAACGCUCUUAAUGAAAUCCCUUACCUCAGGGAUUAUUUUCUCCCUCAGGGAAACCCUCACUUAAGGAGUUUCAUGCAACCGGGCACUGAGCUUUAAUUUUCCUUUGGCAGGAAUGAUCGUAUAUUUAAUAAUGUGAAGGGUAGCUUAGAACAGAACUGGGCGGAGAUGCGUUUGGGGCGUGUCUACUGAUAGACGCGUGGUUACACGGUUUGCUCCGCCCCACAUCUCAGGAACGAGUACAUUAUCGACUGAUGAUGAAGUGUUUUCUCCUCAAGGCUGAAUUUAAUAUACUUCAAAGCUGGAUUUUUAGCAUCAUGACUCCAGUCUUCAGUGUCUCAUGACUUAUAAUGUUAGAGUAGAUUUCUAUAUAAAAGAAAUGCUGUUCUUUUUUAACUUAAUUCAUCAAAAAAAUCUUGAAAAACGUAUCAAAGGUUUUAAUAAGAAGUAUUAGGCAACACAUUGAUAUUAAAUCAGCAUAUUAGAAUGAUUUCUGAAGGAUCAUGUGACACUGAAGACUUUGAUCACAGGAAUAAAUUAUAUUUAAAUAUAUAUUCAAACAGAAAACAAGGUUCAAUUAUAAUAAUAUUUUACAAUAUUAAUUUUUUUUCUGUAUUUUUGGUCAAAGAAAUGCCUUGAUGAGCAGAAGAGACUUCUUUAAAACAAAUAAAAAAUCCUUCUGAUCCCAAACUUUCUCUUGAUCAAAUAUAAAAGCUGCUUAAUAAAAGUUACUUUAUCUAAGAAUCCAUACUCUAUCUGCAUGAAGAAAAAAAUCUGACUUAUGUGGAAAAAGUUGCGAUGAAAUGUUUUCUUUUUUUUAAGUAGCGGUAAAAACCAGACUUGUUACUUUGAUAAUUGCAUGUGUGUAUUAAAUGAGGUCAUACUGUUUUAAAAUGGUACAUGAUCAGAACUACCUUCCUCAAAGUGGAUUAUUCCUCAUGGGAGGAAGUGAUGCUGGGAGCAGAUCUAAGAGCAAAUCCAGAAGCUUGUCUUCAUCAAGCGCCAGGAGAUCCAGUCCGAGGCCUCAGAAGAGACAUGAACAUUCCUCUGAGAGGAAAAAGAAGAAGAGGAGAAGCCCAUCCAGCUCUUCAUCGUCUUUCAGCUCUGCUUCCCCAUCCAGAGAAAAAAACGCCAAGAAAAAGAAACAGCAGGAAGUAAAGAAACUGAAGCGCAUUUUUGACUCAGAAACUAGUGAGGAGGAGGAAAUGCAGGAUGCAUCAUGCAGUGAAGAUGUUUCUGAAGAGGAAGGCACCACUGAAUUGGCUACGGAGCUUGAAACAACUGAUGAGGAGCUGCUUAUAAGAGGUGAUGGGGAAAUCUUGAAAGAAAUUGUCAGCAAGGAGCGACACAAGGAAAUCAACAAGGUGCAAGUCUUUCAGAAGCGUUCUGUGAAUAGGAGAAGCAUUUCAAGUGGUCCUCAUUUUCUUCUUGUUUCUCACACAGCAGUUCACUAAAGGAGACGGCGAUGCCUUCCAGAAGAGAGUGGGCAUCAAUAGGUAACGAGGUGUGCAUUUUUAGACAACUUCUUAAAUGCAGACAUUUCUACAAGAAUGCAACUAUUUCUUAACUUCUUGCUUUUUUUUUUUACAUUCCUCUCCGGUGACUAAAUGUGAUUCCAGAACAACCUUUUGCUCUCAGAUAUUGCUCAGGAGUGAGUACAUCCUGGUGGCUUAUUAACCCCAUUCACUUUAACACAGUUUUUACAUUCUUCCUAGUCAAAGCAGGAAGAGUUUGAUCUCAUUAAUGUAGAAAAUGGCUAAUUUAUUUGUAAAUACGGUCAUUUGUAAUCUGAUUGUGUUCAUUAGCACUGAAGCUCAGCUUCUCUUAAAUAUCCACUGAUGGUAUUACAGAGGACUGCUGCAACAUCAAUAAAAUCUCUUUCUUACA